AUGCGUCGCGUCGUCGUGACGGGACUCGGCGCGGUCACACCCCUCGGCGUUGGUGUUCGUCGAACAUGGCAGCGUCUGUUAGAUGGUCAUUGCGGUAUUGUCAAUGUGGUUUCCCGUGAUGAGCGUUUCAAGGACAUUCCAUCGCAGAUUGCUGCGGUCGUGCCGCCGGGGAAGAAGGAAGAUGGAGGCUGGACUGUAUCAGAAUGGAUGAACAGAGGGGAAGAACGGGUCAUGGCCAAAUUUGCGCAAUUCGCAAUGGCUGCUACUGAGGAGGCUUUGAGUGAUGCUGGAUGGAAUCCGACGACGCCGGAGCAAAAACAUGCGACGGGAGUCUGUCUUGGCUCGGGAAUUGGCAAUUUUGACGAGAUAUACGAUACCGUUGUUGCGUACGAGCAGGGAGGCUACAAAAAAGUCAGUCCGCUAUUCGUACCACGAUUGUUGAUCAACCUCGGUGCGGGACAUAUCUCGAUGAGAUACGGAUUCAUGGGCCCAAACCACGCCGCAACUACGGCCUGCACAACGGGGGCUCAUUCUAUCGGCGACGCGGCCCGCUUCAUUGCCUGUGGCGAUGCCGAUGUCAUGGUCGCUGGUGGCGGCGAGUCAUGUAUCCAUCCUCUCGCAAUCGGAGGGUUUGCUCGCGCUCGCAGUCUGGCCACGGACUUUAAUGAUGAUCCUGAAAAGGCAUCAAGACCCUUUGAUGCGGAUCGAACGGGCUUUGUAGUGGGUGAAGGCGCGGCCAUGUUGGUUCUUGAGGAGCUGGAGCAUGCACGCUCUCGUGGAGCUUCUAUCUACGCCGAAUUAAAAGGAUAUGGAUGCUCCGCCGACUCGCACCAUAUCACCGCCCCCAAAGAAAAUGGCGAAGGCGCUUACAUGGCCAUGAAAAAGGCUCUCAAGCAAGCCCAACUUAACCCCGCGGCAAUCGACUACAUCAACGCUCACGCUACCUCCACUGUUGUCGGUGACGCUGCCGAAAACGCUGCCAUCAAGACCCUUUUACUGGGGCCCGAAGGGAAGCAGCGUGCGGCCGAUAUCAACGUCAGUAGCACCAAGGGUGCACUGGGCCAUCUGCUUGGUGGUGCUGGGGCUGUGGAAGCCUUGUUCACCGUGAUGGCUAUUCGAGAUAAUAUCAUGCCGCCUACAAUCAACUUGAAUCGCUUGGCAGAUGGCUUCGAUUGCAAUUAUGCACCGAAUCAAGCACAGUCGAGAACUAUCGAUGUUGCUCUGACGAAUAGCUUUGGCUUUGGAGGGACAAAUAGUACCUCUGGUAGCUUGGUUGAUGCGUCUGGCUACAAAUUCAGUGAUAAAGAUACCAAGCCUGGCAAAAUGAAGGUCAGAAAGACAGCAAAAGCCUCGACCAAGAAGAAAGCCGAUGAUUCCAAAGACGGUCCGGUCGACUCUUCGCCGACCUCCUCACCUCUUCCAAGAUUGGAUGGUAGGAUUGCGGCCUCAUUUCCGACGGGCAAACCGCGUGAGGAGGAUCUUCUUGAAACUGUCAUUUGCAAGCACUGCAAGCGCCCGAUCUUGAAGUCUAGCGCCAUGGACCAUAUUCGAGGAUGUCUGAAAGCCAAGCAAGAAAAGGCUCGCCGAAAGAAAGAAGCUCGGGACGCCGCCAACCGUGCUAAGAACGGUGAUGAUGAUGAUCUUCGGGAUAGGUUGGAUGGGGAUGAUUCCAUGAGGGGGCAGAAGAGUGCGAAGAAGAGCGCCGCCAAGGGCAUGAUGGACGAUUCGAAGAAGGGCAAGAAACGCAAGGCCGACGAGGACGACAAGGAGCCCAAGAAAAAGAAGAAGAAGGACGAACCCAAGGCCAAGACUGCCAAACCCAAGGGUCCCGUCGACGUUGAGAAGCAGUGCGGUGUGACCCUGCCGAAUGGUGCCCAAUGUGCACGCUCGUUGACUUGCAAGAGUCAUUCCAUGGGUGCAAAGCGAGCCGUGCCUGGUCGAUCACUGCCAUACGAUAUGCUACUGCAGCAGUACCAGAAGAAGAACCAGGCUAAACAGCAACGAGCUGCAAUUGAUGCAAACGCCCCUCUACCUGACGAUGUUGACACGAAUGGGCCCAUUGAUUCUGAUGAAGAACGCGAUACUGUCAUGGCAGCUAUCGCACGGUCCGCCCCAAAGCCACUGGCGGCACAUACCCUGAUCCGCUCAAAAUCAAAGUACCGAAUUAUUCGUAUCAAGGAGCAGAUGCUUCAUGCUAUGGGUGGUCGAAGCGGCAAUGGACUUUUCUCGACCGGCGAAAGCCAGCCAUUAUUUGGUGGAAAUCUCUUCCAAACUGCCGAACCGGAUGUGAAUGGCAACACCUCUCCUGUCCUACCAGCUGGUGAGGCGGGCGAUGUUGCUACCAGCGCAGAGGGGUUGGGAACUACACCUGUAUCGGGGACUCGCAAAACACCUGUCGCUACGUGA